CCUGCUAUUAGAGAUGAGUCUCCAUGCUGUUGUCUCUGCUGCGUUUGGUAGAAUGCUGUUCCUCACCACCUUAGCAUGUGCCAGUCCUUUCUUGGGGAUUCGGGAAGAGAGUCAACGAACCCUUAAUGUAGCUAUCAUCUUUGGUGGCUCAAGCUAUCUGCAUAAUAAUACUCGCUUUACACCCUUAGACUUUCAGAAUUUCACAUUAGACAUCAAUCCUGUACCAGUUUACUUAAAUGAUACAAACCCAAAGACUCUGAUCAAUCAGAUCUGUGAUGUACUUUCCAGUCUUCGCAUACAUGGGAUAGUCUUUGAAGAUGACACCCAGACUGAGUCUUUGGCACAGAUCUUGGAUUUUGUCUCUGUCCAGACAGCUGUCCCAAUCAUUGGAGUUAAUGGAGGAUCGGCUAUUGUUUUUACCCCCAAAGAAAAAGGGUCAACAUUUUUACAGCUGGGGUCCUCCACGGAGCAGCAGUUGCAAGUAAUCUUUGAGGUACUGGAGGAGUAUGACUGGACUUCCUUUGCUGUUAUCACCUCCCUCUUUCCGGGUUAUGAAGAUUUUGUUGAUUACAUUGAAGUUCUUACUGACAGCAGCUUCAUUGGAUGGGAAAACCGGGGCACCCUCACCCUCAAUGUGACAGCAGAAAAUAACAGUGGGAAGACAAAGCGACUUCUAAAAGAGGUAGCAGCGCAAGUGCGAUUGCUUUACUGUUCGCGGGAAGAGGCAGACAUUAUAUUCCAAGCUGCAAAGGAUGUUGGACUGACAGGAUCAGGGUAUAUCUGGUUUGUGGUAGGAACAAACCUUGGUGGAACAGAUUAUGUCUCAGAACACUUGCCACUGGGAGUAUUUACUGUGUUAUCAGAUGGAUGGAAGGAUGACCUUUAUCAUCGUGUUAGAAAUGGAGUGGCCAUAAUUGCACGUGGAGCAGAGGCUUUCUUAAAGGAUUAUGGGCUUCUUCCAGAAUUUAACAAUGACUGUAAGGCACCCAACAUGACACGAAUAAGUGAAAACCUUCACAGGUAUUUUAUGAACAUCUCCUGGGGUCAGAAAGAUUUCUCCUUUAAUGAGGAUGGUUACUUGAUUAAUCCCUCUCUGGUAGUAAUUGCCCUAAACAAGGAACAUUCCUGGGAAAUGGUUGGAAGAAUGGAGCAUGGUGUCCUGCAGUUGAAGUAUCCUGUCUGGUCACGGUAUGGCACCUUCCUUCAGCCACUGGAUGAUGACCAACACCUAACUGUGGUCACACUGGAAGAAAGACCCUUUGUGAUAGUAGAGGAUGUAGAUAAAGAUACUGGGACAUGCAUUCGGGACUCCGUACCCUGCAGAAAACAGCUCAACAAGACCGUAAAACCACCUCCAUCUGCCCACAGACCUACACAAUGAUGUUGCAAGGGGUUCUGUAUUGAUAUCCUUAUCCGGCUGGCCAAAACUAUUGGAUUUACAUAUGACCUUUACCUUGUGACAAACGGCAAGCAUGGCAAAAAGAUCGAAGGUGUUUGGAACGGCAUGAUUGGUGAGGUGUACUACCAGCGGGCAGACAUGGCUAUAGGAUCUCUGACUAUCAAUGAAGAGCGUUCUGAAAUCAUCGACUUCUCUGUGCCAUUCGUAGAGACUGGAAUCAGUGUCAUGGUGUCCAGAAGUAAUGGCACUGUUUCACCUUCAGCAUUUCUUGAACCUUACAGCCCAGCAGUGUGGGUCAUGAUGUUUGUUAUGUGCCUGACAGUCGUAGCAGUAACCGUCUUCAUCUUUGAGUACUUCAGCCCAGUGGGUUACAACCGCAGUCUUAUCAGUGGAAAGCGUCCUGGUGGAUCACAGUUCACCAUAGGGAAGUCCAUCUGGCUGCUGUGGGCACUGGUGUUCAAUAACUCAGUACCAGUAGAAAAUCCAAAGGGGACAACCAGUAAGAUCAUGGUACUGAUUUGGGCCUUCUUUGCAGUCAUCUUCCUUGCCAGCUACACAGCUAAUCUGGCUGCUUUCAUGAUUCAAGAGGAAUAUGUUGACACAGUAUCUGGGUUAAGUGACAGGAAGUUUCAAAGACCCCAAGAACAGUACCCACCCCUGAAGUUUGGCACAGUACCCAAUGGAAGCACAGAGAAGAACAUCCGGAGCAACUACCCUGACAUGCAUACUUACAUGAUCAAACAUAACCAGAAGUCAGUGGAAGAUGCCCUGCACCACCUCAAGACUGGAAAGCUGGAUGCAUUUAUCUAUGAUGCAGCAGUGUUAAAUUAUAUGGCUCGGAAGGAUGAAGGAUGCAAGCUGGUGACAAUUGGGAGUGGCAAGGUAUUUGCAACAACUGGCUAUGGCAUUGCGAUGCAAAAGGGAUCAAAAUGGAAGCGACCUAUUGACUUGGCCCUGCUACAGUUCCUGGGAGAUGAUGAGAUUGAGAUGCUUGAGAGGCUUUGGCUGUCUGGAAUCUGCCACAAUGACAAAAUCGAAGUGAUGAGCAGUAAACUGGAUAUUGACAACAUGGCUGGUGUGUUCUACAUGUUGCUAGUGGCUAUGGGUCUCAGCUUGCUGGUCUUUGCCUGGGAACAUCUCAUCUACUGGAAACUUCGUCACUGUAUGCAGCACACCGGGAGACUUGACUUUUUGCUUGCUUUCAGCAGGGGAAUGUACAGUUGCUGCAGUGCUGAAGACCCAAAAGAUAAAGAUCAGCAGUUACCUAUUUUGAACCAUUCAUUUGCCCAUCAGCAACCAAGAAUUUCCACAUUAACAAACUCCAUAGCUGCUCCAUUGCCUUGCAACAAUUUUCUGCCUCGUGAAAGGAGAGUUGUGGAACGCUGGCGUCAUGCCCGCAGCCCCAACUGUUACAAAGACCUACAGCCCCCACCGAGAGUUAGCCAGGAGCCCAAGCCUAAGACACCACCAAGUCGCCAUUAUUUGAAGAGUUCUUUUGCUGAUGGAUUUCAUCAGUUUUAUGGGCCUAUUGAGCCUAAAGGCUUGUCAGAGCAUCUGGUGGAAACAGGGCAAGUUCUUUCAAAAGAAAAGACUGCUGGGCUUUGUUCUGUGUCUCCUCCUACUCAGAGAGAUCGAUUUCUGGAGAACCCACCAUCAUAUUUUGCCAUAGUUCGUGAAAAAGAACCACAAGACCACACCAGCUGGCCACAACAGGCACAGAUUCAACAGGUGCAACCUAAAUCUUCAAGGUCAGUGUAUGAAAAUUUCCCACUCACUCAAGUGCCAGGAGGACUCAAGGAAAAACCUCAGAAGGUACCAUUCCUGGGAAGAAGUAAUCAAACUCCUGAGAUGGUGCCGAAGAAAUUAGAACAUGCUGCACUAAGUUUCCAAAAGAGCUUGCCAUCCUGUGAUAUUGAGUGUGACAUCCAUGGCUUGAAGCCUUCAAGAUCACUGAAAAACAUUGCAGAUAAGCAUGGGCUUUGGGUAGAAGGAGAUGGUUCCCCAUAUGGGUAUACGCGUAUUUCAUAUGAAGAUGAGCACCACAGUAGGACCUGUCUGCACCACCAUGAUGAAUGUGACCAUGAAAAUCCAUCAGUUCUACAUGAAAAAUGUAUCAGUCAACCCCAUGUAUGCCGCAGACGUUCACGCCCUCUUGUUAGUGCCAUGCAUUACACUUCUCAGUCACGGUAUAGUGACUUAUCAGACUCAGAUGAGGAUACAUGUGAACGAGAAGGAACAUGCGUUAAGCCAGAUGUUGACCACGAUUGUUGGUACUCUUCAAAGUACUUCUGUACUUAUCCAUCUCGUGACAGUCAGACCUUAAGAAAGCCACUCCGUUACUGGUCAAUGGAUAAACUUGGGAAGUAUCAGCCACUCAGCAUGGAGAAUAUUGUGCCACAUUGUUCAAAUGCUUGUCACUGUGCACUUGUAGAAAUGGUCCCUUUGCACUUCUCAAAGAGUCGUCAUUGUCAUGUGUGUACUGAAGUUUCAGUGGACUUUGAGUCUUCUAUAGUUAGCAAAGGAAUGGAGGGUCAAAAUAAUAGAACUGCAGGUAUAAUAACUUUGUCUACCAUUAAAUCGUUUAAUCUGAAAUCGUCUUUAAUUCAAGAGUGA